AUGGCGGGUUUAGGAUCAGGCUAUGAUCUUUCUGUCUCCACUUUCUCACCCGAUGGACGGGUAUUUCAGGUGGAGUAUGCAGCUAAAGCCGUAGAUAAUGCAGCACUUUGUGUUGCUGCUGCAUGCAAAGGAGGCGUUGCUUUUGCUGUAGAGAAGCCAAAGGGCUCUGUUAUGCUUGCACAAGGUUCCAAUAGAAGGAUAUACCCCGUCACUAAAGAUAUAGGUUUGGUGGUAGCGGGUUUAUCAGCUGACGGUCGCCAACUAUGGCACAGAGCUCGAGAAGAAGCUCAAUCGUAUUUAAAGCAUUACGGGGUGUCUAUACCCUUGGGUGUUUUAGCUGAAAGAAUAGCUUUAUUUAUGCAUGCAUUUACUCUCUACUGGCAUGUUAGGCCUUUUGGUGCAACUUGUAUAUUAGGAGGCCUCCAGAAAGAUCCCUUAACAGGAUAUCAAGAGCUUAAAGGAGAGAUAUAUUCUAUUGACCCAAGUGGCUGCAGCUCUCGAUAUCUGGGAACAGCAGCAGGAAGAAAUAGACCAGCAGCAAAGACAGAGUUAGAGAAGUUAUCUUUAUCUUCUUUAAGCCCCCAAGAGCUUGGAGAAGAGUUGAUCCGUAUAUUAAUGGUGUUACAAGAAGAAAGACAAACAGAAGAUAAAGUAGAGUUUGAGGUUAGCUCCCUCAGUAUUAAAGAAGGAGAGCCUGUCUACGAGUUGUGGGUACCUGAUAGAGUUGCUGCUGCUGUUAAUAAAGCUAAAGAUGCUAUUGAAGCAAUGGAAAGCGAUUAA